AUGACAACAGAAUACGAAAGACAGCCGUUGGGAACGGUUUCGAGCUCCAGGAUGAACAGGCUUAACGGCAAAGCAAGCGUGGAGUCCGGGGCUAAGGUGGCGGCACUAGGCAUCACAAAGCUUCCAUCGAUCAUGUCUUUGAUUCAUCAAGACUCUAACCUUUUCCCAGCUCACAGAGAGCGCGAAGGUGGAGAGGACAUGACUCUGGGCUCUGUCGUAGAUUUCGAUCAAGUUUCUCAAAAACUCAAGAUUCGCAUGCAACUGGCGCACUACAAGUUAAAAACAAAACAGGCACAUCUCAAAUUCAAGCAGCUGAGCAAGCCUCAGAGCUCUCGCGAUCCUGGCCACGCACGCAGCCACCCGUUCGAAACUACGUUAUUCUCAAAGGCCCAAACCUCCAAUACCGUUGCCAAACCACCCAGAAGGCUUGUUAUGUCCCAGGGAUCGCUGAAGACCCCGGUCAAGUCACGGCUGUGGAAUUCUAACUCCUACGACAGUCGACCUUCGCUUCAAACUACGGAUUCUGACCAAGCCACGCCGAAGUCUGUGAAGGCCGCGAAAUCACUCAUAGACCUGUUCACUAGCAACCACUGA